AUGUCUUUCAUUUCCUCCACCUCAAGCUCUAGUUCUUCUGAUUUCUCAAAUAACGUUGAAUUUGAUCGGUUAGUUGAUGAUUAUGCUGCUAACCACCUACAACAUAUUUUAAUUCCCCAAGACUCACCACAAGAAUUCCAACUUAAUAAUGAUAUAGAAAAUGUCCCGGAGCCUAAAAGGGAUAGGGAAAGAGAAAAAGGGCAUGUGCAACUAUAUAACGAUUAUUUUGCGAGUAACGCAGUGUAUAACGACAACCAAUUCCGCCGUAGAUUUCGUAUGCAAAGAUCUUUGUUCUGUCGCAUUAUGAAUAAGGUGGUUGAAGGGGAUCAAUUCUUCCAACAACGUCGGAAUGCAGCUGGAAAGCUUGGUUUAUCACCGUUGCAGAAAUGCACCGCUGCAAUAAGAAUGUUAGCGUAUAGCGUAGCCCCUGAUGUCGUGGAUGAAUAUCUUCGUAUAGGUCAAACAACCUCAAAGAAUGCAUUGCAACAUUUCUGUCAGGGGGUUAUUACACAUUUUGAAAGUGACUAUCUACGUAAACCUACAGCUGAAGAUCUAAGGAAAAUCCUUCACCAAAAUGAAUUGCGUGGGUUUCCAGGCAUGGUUGGUAGUAUAGAUUGCAUGCAUUGGGAGUGGAAGAAUUGUCCUACGGCUUGGAAAGCACAAUAUGCUAGUCGUAGCAAAACUGCAACCCUCAUUCUUGAAGCCGUUGCUGAUCAAGAUUUAUGGAUUUGGCAUGCGUUCUUUGGAAUGUCUGGCUCAUGUAAUGAUCUUAAUGUCCUUUACCGUUCACCGGUGUUUGAUGAUGUUUUACAAGGUCGUGCACCACCAAUAAAUUUUUGGGUUAACGGACAUCAAUAUAAGUUGGCCUACUACUUGGCAGAUGGGAUUUACCCGAGAUGGCCAACUUUUAUACAUGGUAUAACACAUCCUUAA